AUGUGGUUUAUGUCCCUCGCGCGUGUGCAAAAACAUCCAUUUUCACAGAGCGGUGCUGUCAUUUGCCGGCACACCACGGGGCGCUUGCGGAUGAGGCGCGCUGGAGCUGUGGCUUGUGUCGCUGUCACCGCCGUGGAUGUUUCGUUUACUUCACGGCGCCUUUGCUCGAAUUUCCUGCAGAGGCCCGAGGUGUCCGCCAAACUUCUGGCAUUAAUGGAGGCCUUUGCAGAGGCGCGUGAGCUCAUCAUGGAGGCGAAGGAGAGCGCUGGGACCGUGUAUGUUGCAGAGGACCUGCAUGAUGCCAAAGUUCAGACGGAGAAAACAUUGAGUUUGUGGAAUGAGAUUCAGUCGGAUCUCGAAUUAUCGGGUGAUACGACUGCGCUGGAUCGUUUAAAAAGAGAACACAGUAAUAAAAUGUCACAGCUUCGUGCUGAAUUGGCGGACGCAGAGGACACAAUCGACAACGACUGA